ACAAAUCCGGCCCUUUUUUAGUCCUUCCGUUAAAUUUUGGCUGAUGUAGCAGGUUAAUUAACGGAAAAACUCUUUUUUUUUUUUACCAUUUUACUAAAUUACGUAGAAAAUCCAUCUGGUAGAAAUGGAUGACGUGGCGAACCCAAGAGCUUGGGUUUGCGAGGAACCCAGGAGCCUGGGUUUGCGAGGAACCCAGGAGCCUGGGUUCGCGAGGAACCUAGCUCGUGGGUUCUUGACGAACCUAGGAGCCUGUGUUCGCGAGGAACCCAGCUCGCGAGUUCCUGACGAACCCAGCUCGCGGGUUCGCAAUGAACCCAGGUGCCUGGGUUCGUCGUGGGUUCCUAGGUUCGCGAUGAACCCAGACUCCUGGGUUUCAGAUCCUCGAUUUCGAACUUCUCGUUUCCUUCUGGUGGGAUGAGAUCAACGACUCUACUCAGUGGCAAGACGGUAUCUUCUACGCUCUCUGUGCCGCUUAUGCCCUUGUCUCUUCUGUUGCUCUGGUCAGUCCCGCUUUCCUCUUAUCUGUUCGUUCUCAUGUCUUUCGUUUUUCUGUAAGCUCGUGUUCUGGAUCAGUGGGGAAGACAUAGUAGUUGAUUGGUUUCGAUAUGGAUGGAUUUGGUUUGGAAUGAUAAUGACAUUGUAAUUGUAGUGAAAUUUUCCAGUUACUGCUGAUUGUUUGGAAUUUAAUAAUGUGCUUUUCAUCUC